GUGGGCAGCAUGUUCAUAGCAGACGCCCAUGAGAAAAUCUCAGUACAAACCAAUGAGGCCAUUCUUCUGGCACUUUAUGAAGCUGUCCAUUUAAAUCGAAACUUCAUCACAGUUUUAGCUCAGAGCCAUCCAGAAAUGGGGUUGGUGACAACCCCUGUCAGCCCCACUCCUACAACCCCAGUCACACCACUUGGGACUACACCACCUUCCUCUGACGUUAUAAGUUCUGUGGAACUCUCACUGGAUGCAGAUGUACAGACCAGUAAUCUGCUGAUAACCUUCUUAAAGUAUAGCUCAAUUGUCAUGCAGGACACGAAAGGUAAGACAUGCUUUGGGAGGUGUGGCAG